CUUCUUCUGAACACUAUCAGACUCGCCGCUACCCCUACACUGGUAAAUAGUAGUAUUUUUUCUCUGUCUUUUCUGUUUUCUCAUCCCAAAUCUCCAUAUAAUAUUGUUCCGUCUCUUCUAAUUCUUCACGUUUUUCAAUGCACUGACUAGAAGACCUAGGUCUAUUUUUCUUCUUCUCCAUUAUCAUCGAUUCCAGUGAUCACAAUCGCUGUGUGAGAAAUCACGCUGAGUGUGUGUGUUUGAAAAUGGAGGAAGAGAUGGAGGAUAUGAUUGAGUAUACGUUUACGGCUGUUGAGAUUGAUCUCGAUUAUGAGUUUGAUGCGCCUCGUUACUUUGAUUUUUGCUGUGAGGAGACAUUGUUUGUGAGGAGUCAAGCUGAGUGUUGGUUUGAAACUGCUGGAAGCUAUCCUCCUUCUCCUUUUGUCACUAGGUUGAUUUCGAAGGAGGACGUUUUGCUCGAAAGCAUUAAUGUUUCUCCGAAAUCCAAAGUUGAGAACAUGAGUUUGUCAGAUAACGAUUCUGAUAUUGAGAUCGAGCAAGAGGUUCCUGCUCUGAUAAAAGAAGGUGAGAGCAACAAUGCAGGAAUUUCCGCUAUUAGCAAUGCCGAGAAACUUUUAAAUCAACUGAGACAGCUACCUUCAGGGCUGACUUUCUACAAUCACAUGGCUAAAGGUGCCACAAAAGGUAAAACCAGGUGCUCUUCGAAGCCAUCUUGUCCCAGGAGCUCAACCCUCAUGAAACCAACUGCAAGUCACUUAGCCAAACAAAAUCUAUCUCGUCCAAUUGGUGAAUCAAGGUUACCGACAUUUUUGGUUGAGAAAAAUGGAACAAAUUCAACUGUAAUCGAGACUCAAGCUGCCAAGAGACAAAAGCUUGAGAGUGGUCAUCUACGGAAGGUAUCAUUUGUUGCCGAAGCGAAGCCUGUAUUUAGUUUUGUUCACAAGGAACCUAAGCGAGACGGAAAAUUUGAUGGCAGCAACACUACGGCUAAGCCCAGGAUUACUAUUCCUAGAGAGCCUGAGUUUCAAACUACUCAUAGAGCACAAAGAGCAAGGCCAAAAGUUAGUGAACAAGCAGAAAAUUUUCCGCCGACAGCUUUCCGUAGAUUCAAAGCUCUUCCACUAAAUAGAAAGAUUUUUGAAGGUCCUUCUUUGCCUCCAAAAAGAAGCAAUCCACAACUUCCACAGUUUCAAGAAUUUCACCUGAAGACGUCAGAGAGAGCCGUGCAACAUCGUUCAGCAGUUCCAACUUCUGCUGCCAAUUCUUCUACCACUGAUAAGGUGUUGCAGAAAACCAGUACUAAGUCAACCAUGGAAUGUGGAAAUAGAGAAUUCAGAAGAGUCAAUCAUGUAGAGGCUCCAAAGCAAGAAGAAUCUGUGUCAACCUACAACUUCAAAGCUCUCCCCCUCAAUAAAAAGAUCCUAUCAAGUAAAGGAGACAUUGGAGUGUUCCGAAACACCAAAAGGGAAACCACAGUGCCAAUGGAGUUCAAUUUUCAUACUGUAAAGAGAAUUCAUCAAAAUCCGCCAAUUGAUCUGUUUAAUAAGCUCUCUCUUACAUCUGAGCCCCAACCAGCUGGCGAAGUGCAGUUGAAAGCACAAAGACCAUCCUGCCUUCGGUCAAAGGGCUCUAAAGAAAAUAGAUGGGCUUAUUUCCAACAAAACCAUGAGGUAAGCUUUGUUUAUUCCGUGGUUGCUAGCUUUUUCCAUUUUUAAUCAUGCUUCUAAUAGGUUUUUCAAGCAGCAAUUUUUUCAGCGUUACAAUUAGGAUGAACUUUAAUCAGCUUGUAAAAUUCCUCUUUUAAGAUGAUAGUACACAUGGAGAAGGGAAAAAUAGCUGAUCUCAAAAGCAAAGCCAAUUCAGUUCGGUAGUGAUAUGGAAUAACUGAAGUUUGUCAAGUCUCUAACACCAUCAACAGGAGUUUGGGCAUUUUUAGGGACAAAAUGCAACACAUUUUUUGAUGUCGAUGAACACCUUUUUGCUUGAUUCAAAAGGCAGACUGAGACGAUGCAGCGAUGCCAGUACAUAACAAUUGUCUGAAACUGUCAAGUGCAUUCGGAUAUAUAGCAGCUUUAUAAUUUAUAUGUAAAAAUCAAUUUCUUCACAUGUAAACCGUCAGAUACAAACAACAAUGUUAAUCACCAUGUUAUCAUGUGAAUAAAAAAAUGAGCAAGUGUUGUUUAGUGGG